CAAAGUAAGUCUCGCGAUGAAUGAAGAACAAGAGCUAAAAGAAUUUCCAUCGCACAUAAGAAUCACGUCAUAUUCUGAUUGGCCAUAUUCGAUACUUAUAAACAAUAAUGGUAGUAUAGACGGUGAUGGUUUUGCUUUCGAACUUUUGAAACUGCUCGUUCGAAAAUUUAAUUUUACCUAUACUAUUGUCCCACCAGCAGAAGAUAUUAUCGGAGAUCAAAAAUCGGAUGAAAUGGACACAACUUUUCUGAUGAAGAGGCCAGGUACAUCAUCAUCAGGGUCUGGACUUUUAGCACCUUUUACUGAACAAGUGUGGAUUUUGAUUUUCAUCUCAUUGCUGAUUGUUGGGCCAACAAUUUAUUUGAUGAUUUUGUUGAGAUCUAAAUUCGCAAAGGACGAACAAGCUGAAAAAUUUACCUUUUUAACAUGCAUGUGGUUCGUUUAUGGAGCUUUACUCAAACAAGGGACAACAUUUUCUCCAAUCGGAGAUUCGACACGAUUGGUCUUUGCUACAUGGUGGAUUUUUAUCACAAUUUUGACCUCUUACUAUACGGCGAACUUAACAGCAUUUCUCACUUUAUCUAAAUUUACUCUGGCCAUAAACUCAUUAGAUGAACUGGUAAAUUACAGAUACUCGUGGUUCAUAAUUAAUGGUCGAUCUGUGCAGACGCUUUUGCAUUAUAACGAUCCAGAAGUAGAAGCACUUACAAAAUCAAGAAACUGGGGUUACGGUUACUUAUACAACGACUAUAACAUGACCUACAAAAGUAUGCUUAAAUAUGCCAGAGAUGGAAAAGUAUUUAUAGCCGAUCGAAUUCUAGCUCAGAUGGCAAUUUUUGAGGAUUAUAAAAAUAAAACACUCGAAGGAAUAAUAGAAGAAAAGCGAUGUGCCUAUGUGAUAAGCGAGUCGAAUGUUUUGCCAAAAAGGCGAGGAUUUGGACUCCCAACAAGAUCACCCAUUCAAAAGUUUAUCAAUAGCGAAAUGACUGCAGCAAUAGAAGGUGGAUUAGUGAAGCAUUUUAAAUUAGAAAAACUACCGGAGGCUCAAAUUUGCCCAUUGAAUCUGAAAUCAAAAGAGAGACGAUUGAAAAUUUCAGAUCUUUGGAUGACAUACAAAGUUGUAUUUGCUGGAAUGGGCGUAUCUAUAAUAGUUUUCCUUAUAGAAUUCUUUUCAAGAUUAAUACGCAAAUGCGUCGAAUCCAAUGCAUUUGUCAAGUAUACCUCCGGCAAAAUCAAGAAUAUCGACGCUUCGCCCGAGUCCUGGAAUUACAUAAAGGAGAGCACAAAUUUCUGGAUAAGGACGCCCCCACCUAUGUACCAACUGCAUGAAGAAAUAUCACGAAAAACUUACUCCAUCAAUGGCCGUGACUACUACGUUAUUAAUGAAGAAAGCGGCGAUCGGCGUCUAAUUCCAAUAAGAACAUCAUCCGCCUAUCUUUUUCAAUACAUUCAUUAAUCAACUUUCAAAAAUAUUCAUUAUGAUAAUGUGUUUACGGGAAUGGCGGGAUAUAAAAUUAGGAACCCUCGGGUAAGUUGGAGUCAAUCGAUUUGAUUUUAUUUAAAAUGAAAAUAGUAUUUAUAGCCGAUAGACGUUAAAAA